UUGAAUAAUGUUUUGAUCACUCCUUGUAAACAAACCAAAGUCAUAAUAUCUGUUCAAGGAAAUCAUAAUUUGUUAUACUUGUAUAGAAAAUGGCUAGGGAGCAUGGAGGAGGAUCUCCGAAACCCCACCAUUACAUAGAGGCUAAGAGAAAACGCCUUACCUACAUUUUUAUGGUCAGUAGCCUCUGUGUCCUGUUCUACAUCCUCGGCGUUUGGCAAGGCAAAACACCGGCUGUUGCUAACAAGUUUCAACGGUUAAACAACAACAACGACAACAAUAACAACAACAACAAUGGAAAGAUUGAGUGCACAUACAACGCGUCCCCUGAAGUUUCAAAACUAGGAACCAGUUCUCCUUCAACAGGAGUAGCAAAUCUAGACUUUGAAAGCCAUCAUCAAUUAGAAAUGAAUGAUACUGAUGAUGCAGCAGUGAAAGAGUUUCCGCCGUGUGACAUGUCUUUAAGUGAGUAUACACCUUGCCAAGAUCCUAGGAGGGGCAGGAAAUUUGACCGUUACAUGUUGAAGUAUAGAGAGCGACAUUGUCCUAGUAAAGACGAGUUGAUGCAAUGUCUAAUACCGCCUCCUCCAAAGUAUAAGACUCCUUUUAAGUGGCCUCAAAGCAGAGAUUAUGCUUGGUAUGAUAACAUUCCACACAAAGAGCUUAGUAUUGAGAAGGCUAUCCAAAAUUGGAUCCAAGUUGAAGGUGACCGUUUUCGGUUUCCUGGAGGAGGCACCAUGUUCCCUCGUGGUGCUGACGCAUACAUUGAUGAUAUUAAUAAUCUCAUUCCCCUUACUAACGGCAAGAUUCGAACUGCCAUUGACACUGGCUGUGGGGUUGCUAGUUGGGGGGCUUACUUAUUAAAGAGAGACAUCAUUUCAAUGUCUUUUGCACCGCGAGAUACACAUGAAGCCCAGGUGCAGUUUGCCUUAGAGCGAGGAGUUCCUGCUAUGAUUGGCAUCAUGGCUUCCCAAAGGCUUCCUUACCCUGCAAGGGCUUUCGACAUGGCUCACUGUUCCCGUUGCUUAAUACCCUGGAACAAGUAUGAUGGACUGUAUUUGAUGGAAGUGGAUAGAGUAUUAAGGCCAGGAGGCUACUGGAUUCUUUCUGGACCUCCGAUCCGUUGGAAAAAGUACUGGAGAGGCUGGGAAAGGACUCAGGAAGAUCUAAAACAAGAACAAAAUUCAAUCGAGAAUGUAGCAAAGAAGUUGUGCUGGAACAAGGUCAUUGAACAGGGUGAUCUCUCCAUUUGGCAAAAGCCCAUGAAUCAUAUUGAAUGUAUUAAGAGCAAGAAAACUUAUCCCACCCCACAUAUUUGCAAAUCAGACAAUACAGAUGCUGCUUGGUACAAAGACAUGGAGUCUUGUAUAGCCCCAUUACCUGAAGUAAGUAGCUCAGACGAAGUAGCAGGUGGAGCUCUCGAAAAAUGGCCUGAACGUGCACACGCUGUUCCUCCUAGAAUAAGCAGCAAUACUGUUCCAGGGAUUUCUGCUGAGAAAUACAGAGAAGACAAUGAUUUGUGGAAGGACAGAGUGGCAUAUUAUAAGAAGAUUGUCCCUCCUCUACCGCAAGGAAGGUAUCGAAAUUUGAUGGAUAUGAAUGCGUACUUGGGUGGUUUUGCAGCAGCUAUGGUUAAGUAUCCUGUUUGGGUUAUGAAUGUGGUUCCUGCCAAUUCAAAUCCAGACACUCUAGGUGUAGUUUAUGAGCGCGGUUUCAUUGGUGUAUACCAUGACUGGUGUGAAGCAUUCUCUUCAUAUCCAAGAACUUAUGACCUUAUUCAUGCUGCUGGAGUUUUCAGCAUCUACCAGGACAGGUGCGACAUUACCUACAUUUUGCUCGAGAUGGACAGAUUACUGAGACCGGAAGGGACAGUGAUAUUCCGAGACACAGUAGAAGUUCUAGUGAAGAUUCAAGCAAUCACAAAGAGAAUGAAGUGGAAAAGCCAUAUUGCAGAUCAUGAAAGUGGUCCAUUCAACCCAGAGAAAAUUCUUGUUGCUGUUAAAACAUACUGGACAGGCGGUGCGCAGCAAAGCAGCUAAAGAUUUGUUCUUAAACAAACUCUUUAUGCUGUUGCUAUUGAUUUUUCAAUAGCUAAAUUGAUAUUAUCAGAUUCUUUCGUAUCUCCUAAUGGAAAAUCAUUCUUGUUAGAUGAUUUUUACAUCAGAGAUAACAGAUUCGAGUGGAAGUAAAUGCUAUUAGGAAUUGAUGCUUUUU